AUGAACUGGGCGUCCCUCCAGAAACUCCUGAGCGGGGUCAACAAGUACUCCACGGCCGUGAGCCGCAUCUGGCUGUCGGUCGUGUUCAUCUUCCGAGUGCUGGUGUACGUGGUGGCGGCCGAGGACGUGUGGGACGAUGAGCAGAAGGACUUCGUCUGCAACACCAAGCAGCCCGGCUGCCCCAACGUCUGCUACGACCAUUUCUUCCCCGUGUCCCACGUGCGCCUCUGGGCGCUGCAGCUCAUCCUGGUCACCUGCCCCUCGCUGCUGGUGGUCAUGCACGUGGCCUACCGUGAGGAGCGUGAGCGCAAGCACCGCCUGAAACACGGGCCCAACGCCCCGUCCUUGUACGAGAACCCCAGCAAGAAGCGGGGCGGGCUCUGGUGGACGUACCUGCUGAGUCUCAUCUUCAAGGCGGCCGUGGACUCAGGGUUCCUCUACAUCUUCCACCGCCUCUACCAGGAUUACGACAUGCCCCGCGUGGUGGCCUGCACCCAGGACCCCUGCCCCCACACUGUGGACUGCUACAUCUCGAGGCCCACAGAGAAGAAGGUCUUCACCUACUUCAUGGUGGCCACGGCGGUCAUCUGCAUCCUGCUCAACCUCAGCGAGGUCAUCUUCCUGGUCACCAAGAGGUGCCUAGAGACUCUGGGGCCCCGGCGUCGGCGUUCCCGGCACAGAAACCGCCUCCCUGACACCUGCCCACCUUACGUCCCCUCCCCGGGGGAGCACCCCCAAGACGGGAACUCAGUCCUGAUGAAGGCGGGCUCAAUCACGCUGGACGUGGGAAGUUAUGCAUGA